GUCAUCUUAUCAGGGGUACCAACCGCACACUGGCGUUUGCUAUUUCCUGUUCUUUUCAAUCGAGUUCUCUCCGACGUAUGUUGUGUCGAUAAAUAAACUUUCUAGAAGAUGGUUCGCAUUAGUGUACUGGCCGAUGCACUGAAAUGCAUCAACAACGCGGAGAAACGAGGCAAACGCCAGGUGCUGAUUCGCCCCAACUCAAAGGUCGUGAUUAAGUUCCUGACCGUGAUGAUGAAGCAUGGCUACAUCGGAGAGUUUGAGAUCGUUGACGAUCACCGCUCCGGCAAGGUCGUUGUGAAUCUGACCGGUCGCCUGAACAAGGCCGGUAUCAUUUCGCCCCGGUUCGACGUCAAAAUGAACGACAUCGAGCGAUGGACCAAUACUCUGCUGCCAUCGCGUCAGUUCGGAUACGUUGUGCUGACCACUAGCGGGGGUAUCAUGGACCACGAGGAAGCCAGACGGAAACAUCUGGGAGGCAAAAUUCUAGGCUAUUUCUUCUAAGUUUGCUGCGCGGAAAAAAAUAAUUGAGAAAAUUAUAAAAACAAGAUCAACUUCUAAAACAACUUA